UUAGUGACCCACUUCACACAAAGCUACAAAAAUGGCUUCAAUUGCAGCUAGGAGCUUUUUCGUUCUUGUUCUCGUUCUUGUCUCAGGCGAAGCUAUGGGACAAACCCUAGCAAACCCUAAAACCAAAUUCCUUAAAGAUUCUCUAGUUCUUGGCCUUGUUCAUUCAAGAACUUCCCUCCUAACCCCAAAAAGAGGCUAUAAUUCCCUUUCAAGGAAGAGAAUUAAGCCAAUGGAAAUGGGUGAUGAUGAUGUUAUAGAGCCAUUGAGGGAAAUUAGGGAUGGUUAUUUGAUGUCCUUAACAUUAGGGACACCCCCACAAGUUAUUCAAGUGUAUAUGGACACUGGAAGUGACCUUACAUGGGUACCUUGUGGGAACCUCUCAUUUGAUUGCCAAGAUUGUGAUGAGUAUCAAAACAAUGUUUUAGGCCCAAAAUUGGCUGCUUUUUUGCCUACCCAUUCUUCUACUUCCAUUAGAGAAACUUGUGGUAGCUCCUUUUGCAUUGAUAUCCAUAGCUCUGAUAACCCUUUUGACCCUUGCACAAUUGCUGGCUGUUCCCUUGCUACCCUUGUAAAGGGCGCUUGCCCUAGACCAUGCCCUUCAUUCUCCUACACUUAUGGGGCUAGUGGCCUUGUAAUUGGAACCCUAACUAAAGAUGCCAUUUUUAUCCAUGGAAAUUCCCCAAAUUCCUCAAGAAAAAUCCCUAAAUUUUGCUUUGGAUGUGUUGGUGCCACUUAUAGAGAGCCAAUUGGGAUUGCUGGCUUUGGUAGAGGCCUUCUUUCUUUACCUUCUCAAUUAGGGUUUUCUCAUAAGGGCUUCUCUCAUUGUUUCUUGCCCUUUAAAUUCUCAAAUAACCCUAAAUUUUCAAGCCCUUUGAUUCUUGGUAAUCUUGCUAUUUCUUCUAAAGAACAUUUGAAAUUCACCCCUUUGUUGAAAAGUCCAUUUUACCCUAAUUAUUACUAUAUUGGGCUUGAGUCAAUCACUAUUGGAAAUGGCGAAAAUUACUCUAGAUUUGGAGUUUCUUUGCAAUUGAGAGAGAUUGACACAAAGGGUAAUGGUGGAAUUUUGAUUGAUUCUGGUACUACUUAUACUCAUUUACCAGAACCAUUAUAUUCACAGCUUAUUUCAAUUCUUGAGUCAUUAAUAAGCUAUCCAAGAGCUAAAGAACAUGAACUCAAUACUGGGUUUGAUCUUUGUUACAAAGUUCCUUAUAAAAACAACACUUUUUUUAGUGAUGAAUUUGAGCUUCCUUCUAUAACAUUCCAUUUUUUAAACAAUGUUAGUGUUGUUUUGCCUCAAGGGAACAGUUUUUAUGCCAUGGCUGCUCCUAGUAACUCCACUGUUGUGAAAUGCUUGUUGUUUCAAAGCAUGGACGGCGACGGAGACGGGCCGGCGGGCAUUUUCGGGAGCUUUCAACAGCAAAAUUUGGAGGUUGUUUAUGAUUUGGAGAAGGAAAGAUUAGGGUUUGAAGCAAUGGAUUGUGCUUCUGUUGCUGUUUCUCAAGGACUUCAUAAGAAGGAAUGAAAAAAGAAUUAAAGUUUUGAUUUUUA